UCUGUAGUAUGUGAUGGGCGGAGGAAGGCAGGGCCCAAAGGCACUGUGGCCAGGAAGUGGCUCGAAUUACAACUUCUUGUGAGUGCGAAGGGGGGGAUUGGGGGAGUGACACCCUCUGGAUGGAAGGAGGAGGGCGGUGUAUAAGACGUAAGAAUGAGAAAAAAAAACCUAAACCUGACAAAAGAGUCUGAGAAGACCGUGCGAAGGCUGUUGGUGGAGGACUGGAAGAAGACGCGUAAAGACGCUUCUCGCUCCGGAGGGAACCGAGAUUUGAUGGAUUUUAUGACAUUCCGCAUCGGACAACUAUCCUCUGCUCCAGUUUCAGCCUCCUUCCACGUCCGUAGCGCCUGCAGACUUUCUGUUUAGUUGACAAGUGUGCACCUCGGGAGCUCCGGGCAUGUUUUGCGCUCUGGAAGGAACUUGGUGACGGGGAGGAAAGUUUCGGAGAAAGUGGGGGACAGCGACAUGGUUUUCUGCCCUGUUUUCGAAGGAUAAGUUGCGUGAACUCGGAUUUCCUUGCAUGGCAUUAGACUGCAGCUGCAAAUCUGGGUUUGGAUAUAUCUGAUGAGAGUCGAUGCCGGCUGAUUGUGGAAUAGUAAGCUGAGAAAAGGCAGCGCCUCGAUUUUUUUCCUCCGUUUUUUAGCUGCAUUGUGGUGUUGGAAACAUUCCUCUCUCUCUGGAUUCAUCUCAUGCCCUCUCCUCCCUUAUCCGUGCAUGUCAAAACAGAGAUCUCCACGAUUUUAGUCCUCUCUGUCCAGGCGACUGGGUGAUUUCCAGAGAGUGACAGGCUGACCCCCACCGCAGCAGUUGAUGGUUGGGCGGACCCCCUCAGAUGGGAUCAGUGUCCAGGGGGAGGUGGUGGAGAAGGGGGGCAUGGGGCGCCCUGUCCCCCUCUGACGGGAUGGCCCUGUGGGUCUGGCUGCUGGCCGCCGUCUUGCUGUCUCUGCUGAGCGUCAGCAUGGCCCGGCCGCCCAUCACCGCCACCAGGGAGGAGGAGACCAACGUGGAACCUGAAGAGGCGUCGAACAAAUACCAAAUUUUUAAGCCCACGUUGUGCUCAGUGCACCCAGGCGAGGUGCUGAAGCUGAGUUGUCCUCUGCCGGUGACGGGGACCAUCACUUGGACCAAAGAUGGCGGCUCUCUGGGCACCAACAACCGCACACUGAUAGAACAGGAGGUGCUGCAGAUUCGUGAUGCCAUGCCCAAGGACUCGGGCUUGUACGCCUGCACCAGCGUGGGCAAAGACACGGUCUGCUUCAUAGUCAAUGUCACAGAUGCAACCUGGUCGGGGGACGAUGAGGACGAUACAGACCGGUCAGAGGACACUUGGGCGGACAGCGUUCAGUUAAGCGCACCAUACUGGACUUCACCAGAAAAGAUGAAGUACAACUUUCACUUGGUGCCAGCUGCCACCACAGUGAAGUUCCGCUGUGCUGCUGGAGGAUAUCCUCAGCCAACACUGCGUUGGCUGAAAAACGGCAGGCCUUUCCGCCAAGAGGACCGCAUGGGAGGAUAUAAAGUAGGGGAAACACUAAUCCACCAAACUGCUAAUACUAAUAUAAUCUCAGCUUCCCUUUUCCCCCUUUUUGCCUUCCAUUCUGUAAUACUUUUGAAGGAGUAA